ACGCGUUCUUCUUAAUGUGCGUCUGUCUUUGACGGCUGCGUGGAGUCAGAGAGACGAGAGUAGCUGCGCUGUCUUCCAAUGCCAUGGCACCUGAUAUGACCUCGUCAGGAGAACCCGAACCACGAGAGACCAGCAAACCGGCAGGAAGCGCCAGAACACUCGCCUUUACCGUCAUCUCUGCUGCUAUUGGAGGGACCUUUCAGUACGGCUACAACAUCUCGAUCAUAAACUCCCCCACCAGCUACAUACAGACUUUUAUUAAUGACACAUACACAGGACGCUGGGGCACCGGCUUGGACACAUACCGCGUGACCCUCGUGUGGAGCUUCAUCGUCUCUGCCUUCUCUCUGGGAGGCUUGGUGGGUGCCCUCCUCGCCGGGGUCAUGGCCGUCCGCUUUGGGAGGAAGAAGUCGCUCCUGAUCAACAACUGUUUUGUACUUGCUGCUGCUGCUUUUGUGCUUCUCAGCCCGUUGGCAAAGUCAUUUGAGAUGAUCAUCAUCGCCCGCUUUCUCGUUGGGGUCAACUCUGGGGUAAGCAUGAACAUCCAGCCUAUGUACUUUGGAGAAAGCGCUCCGAAACACCUCCGAGGCGCCGUGGCCUUCUCCUCAGCUGUGUUCACUGCAUUCGGGAUCUUCCUGGGUCAAGUUGUUGGACUCACAGAGGUGUUGGGCAGCGAGCCGCUUUGGCCUUACUUACUAGCCAGCAACUCCAUACCUGGCUGCAUCCAGAUGCUCACCCUACCCUGGUUUCCAGAGAGCCCUAGAUACCUUCUCAUUGACAGAGGGGACAAAGAUGCAUGUGUCCAGGCUCUCACGAGACUAAGAGGUGGGGUUGCACCUCUGUCCGAGCUGGAGGAAAUGCUUGAAGAGAAACAAUCUGCCUUAAAUUCCGGAUCAGCCGUCAGAACACCCUGGUCUUUAUUUAAGGAUCCACAUUUGAGGUGUCAGCUCAGAACUGUCAUGGGUGCCAGCAGUGCCAUGAUGCUGUGUGGAAAUGAUUCCAUCUACUUCUAUGCCUACUAUAUUUUCCUCGCUGCAGGCAUUCCACUCAAUAAGAUCCAGUAUGUCACCAUUGGCACAGGAGCAUCAGAACUGACCUCUUCGAUCCUCAGUAACUUUCUGAUAGAGAGAGUCGGUCGCAAGCGUCUCCUGGUUGGGGGUUACAGCCUGAUGACCUGCUGGACGGUGGUCUUCACAGUUGCCCUGGUGCUCCAAAGCCGAGGAUUUGCGUGGAUGCCGAACCUUUGCAUGAUCUGUGUCUUUGCCUACAUCCUGAGCUUUGGUUUGGGUCCAGCUGGAGUGACCGGAAUCCUUCCAGCAGAGAUUUUCGACCAGUCGACUCGACCGGCAGCCUACAUGGUUGCAGGAUCGUGCAUGUGGAUCAGCUUGUUUUCGGUGGGGAUGCUUUUUCCUUUCAUUGUCAAUGGUCUAGGGGACAUGUGCUUUACCCCAUUUUUGUUUGUUUGUUUGGUUUCUGCUUUGUUUUUUGGAUUCACUUUACCAGAGACCAAAGGCAAGAGUUUGGCAGAGAUCACCAAAGAGUUUGACAGAAAGAAUCGGACAGAAAGAUUGGAGGUUACUGAGCCAGAAAAGGAUCGGUACCAGCUUGGAAAACCCUUUGUGUCAGUGACAGAUUUUGAUCCUGAGCAUGCAAAUACGGCCUGAAGCAGAGCCAGACUUUGCUGUUUAUCUGAUGUAUGACUUCCUUCAGUAAACUGAGACAUCAUGAAUGCUUUUUAUGCAAUUACAAUCCUAGAAUGACCUUCAGUGAUGACCCAAAGCCUGAUGCAUUCACUUGAGAAAAGACCAGCUAAUUUUUUUUGACACUGCUUUUAAAAUACACUUGACUAUAUCCCUGGUGCGAAAUGUUGAAUGUUUUUCAGCAUCUCUGUGCCAAUACCAAUCACUUUUUGUCUAGAAUUUAGGUGAAUAGUGGUGAAGGUGUUGUCUCCUUUCUCAAGUCAAUGCAUUAUAUAGGAAUGUACUCAAGCCUUAACUGCAUUUUCCACCUAUUCACACCUGUCACCCUGUGAAGUUAGUGCUUGUUUUAUCUUCAAAGCUGUAGAGAGUGAGCAUCCACGAAUAUGUUGUUUAACUGCUGAGGAUGCAAUCCCAAACCUUUAUCUCCUCUUGCUGAAUUUUAAUAUUUUAAUGAUCAUGUCUUGUUAUCUUAUAUGCACUGAAGAUUUUGGUACUUGAAGUCUUCAAUUUAUUUAAAAUUUUAUUCAUGUUGUUAUGUCUGAGAAUCUCUAUUUUUAAAACUGUGAAAUAGUUUCUACCUCGUUGGUGCCAAAACCUAUUUUGAUGCCGCAGAUGCCGCGUCUGCUGCCAUAGACUGCUAAAUGUGCUGCACCUGCUGUUGAAUAUUCAGAACCCAAAGUGUAACUUAAAAAGUCCGGUUGCUGCUGUAUUGAUACUAACCUUCACAUUAUCCAAAAGGUAUUUGAGAUUGUUAUUAAACUAAAAUGGAUAUUUAUAAAGUUAUUUAUAACUAUAUGCUGUAAGGAGUGCUUCUAAUCCUCCGUGCACUAUACCUUGAGAAAUUGUGCAUAUUUAUCAUGCUAAACUAUUUAACACAUUAUUAUUCUCAAUAAA